GCAAUUUAGUCAGACAGUCCUACGCGGGUCGUGGAAGAGGAGGGACGCUCAGAACUCUCUCCGCUUGAAUAAUUUUUUUUAACGUGCUACUUUUAUUAUUUCGUUAAUGUGAUUUCCGAAAGGUGACUCUGGAAAAAUACAUGUCAGUUUUGCAAUACAAUGUUCAAGAAAAGCGAACAGAAGCCAUAACUUUAGCAAACAGGUGUUUCCUGAAUGUGAUUCUUGGAACAUAAAAGUGAAACAUUACGAAGCAAUAAGAAUUAGCGAAUAAUAGCAGUCAAGCUAAAGUAUCUACCACACCAAAAUGACAUUUUUAAAGAUAGUGGCACCUCAGUGGCGCACCUUCGUCAUCGUCCUCACGCCAAUCCUGCUCGGGAUUUUCCCACUACUUAUUCCAACGUCGGAAGCGAGAUGCGGGUACGUCAUCCUCGUCAUGGCCGUGUACUGGAUGACGGAGGCGAUCCCCCUGGCCGUCACCGCCCUCAUUCCAGUGUUCGCGUUCCCGCUGCUGGGGAUCCUGUCGACAGGGAAGGUGUGCCUCGUCUACAUGAAGGAGACCAAUAUGAUGUUCCUGGGAGGCCUCACGGUCGCCAUAGCCGUGGAGCACUGCAAUCUGCACAAGAGGAUUGCACUCUUUGUCAUCCUGCACAUUGGUCAAAGUCCGCGACGGCUGAUGGCAGGCUUUAUGCUGACAACCAUGUUCCUCUCCAUGUGGAUAUCGAACACGGCUUCCACGGCGAUGAUGGUGCCCAUUGUGGACGCCAUUCUGGUUGAGUUAUAUUCGUCCCGCGACAAGGACGGGGAGAAGGGAGAGCCGGCCGGCGACCUGAGCGUGGCUCCGCAGCACCAGAGUCAGAUGGAACUCGUCACCACCAACGGCAAAUCAGGCCAGAGCCAGGAAGUCAGAGAGCUGGCAGUCAUACAGGAGAAGGACCAGCAGGAGAACGUGCAACUAAAAGCAGAGAAAAAGCAAGAACAAGUGCAGCAGGAAGAGAAGAAGCCGAAAGAGGAGCAGGAGCGGAUUCCGAUCGAGGACGAAGCUGCUGUGCUCCUGACGACAUCGCACAGACCGGAGCGCAUGCAGCCCGUCUUCUGCAUGUCCUACCUCGGCCUCGCAUACGCGGCCAACGUCGGCGGCACGGGCGUUGUGACCGGCACCGGGCCUAACCUCGUCUUGUUCGGCAUCCUGAAGAGCUCCUUCUCCGAGCCCACCGGACUCAACUUCGCGACGUGGAUGGCCUUCAACGUGCCCGGGAUGCUGGUGUGCGUGCUGCUGGCGUGGCUGUGGCUCCAGUUCCUCUUCAUGGGCCUCUGCGGGCGCAAGAGCACCAUUCAGCAGACAACCCCCGAGCGAGAGGCCGCCGUGAAGCGCCUCAUUAGGGAGAAAUACCGCCAGCUCGGACCCAUGACUCACCACGAGGCCACGGUCCUCACGCUCUUCGUCGUCCUCGUGUUCCUGUGGCUCUUUCGCGCGCCUGAGUUCGUCCCCGGUUGGUCCAAGUGGUUCAGCGCCGCCUUCGGGGAGCACCUAGAAGUCGAUGACGCUACGCCCGCGAUGUUAAUUGUGUUCCUGCUCUUUAUUCUCCCCGCCAAACUCAACUUCUGGUGCUUCAGGGACCCUAACGCGCCGCCCACCUCCUCCCCCGCCUGCAUGACCUGGGACGUCGUGCAGAAGAAGAUCCCAUGGGGCGUAGUCCUCCUGCUGGGCGGAGGCUUCGCCAUGGCAGAGGCGUCGAAGGAGUCUGGGUUGUCUGUGUGGCUGGGAGAGCAGCUACAGUACUUCGACGUGAUGCCCAAGGAAGCCAUCGUCUUCAUCGUCUGCCUCAUGACGGCCAUGCUGACUGAGGUGGCGUCCAACACAGCCACGGCGUCCAUUCUCCUUCCAGUCCUGAAGGAACUUGCUCUGAACAUACAGGUGAACCCGCUGUACCUUAUGCUGCCGGCCGCCGUGUGCUGCUCGUACGCCUUCAUGCUGCCCGUUGCCACGCCGCCCAACGCCAUCGUCUUCUCCGCCGCCAACAUGAGGAGCCAGGACAUGAUGAAAGCCGGUUUCGCCAUGAAUGUGAUAUGUGUUCUCGUCAUUACGAUCAUGAUCAACACGCUCGGAGUGGCGCUUUUCGACCUUCAGAACAUGCCUUCUUGGGCCAACUCGACUAUCACUACCGCUCCCGCGUGAGGCUCGAAUCUGCGGAUAGCAUUGUAGGCGAGAAUUUUAGAUUCUCUCUCUCUCUCUCUCUCUCUCUCUCUCUCUCUCUCUCUCUUCUUCUCUCU